AACAAACCAUUUGUACCCACCGCCUCCACACCAAACUCUGCCGUUUCGUGAGGUACCGUUGUCGUAUCGUAUCCAACCUCCUCCUUCAGUUUCGUCUUUCUUUGUCUCCUCGUCGUCACUGCCAUUCUUCUUUCUUCCGCUGCCUUUCUCCCUCCCGCCGGUCAUCUCCAAUCCCCCCCUAGGGUUUUUGGAUUCAAGGACAGAGACGAUUCGUUCCAUAGCUUUCCUUCAAUUAGCUGUGCAGAAUAAUCGAAAGGCAACCUCAAUUCUCAGGACUGAAAAGGGAGAGAAAGAAAAAAAAAAGGGGCGCGAAGGAAAAUCAUGUCGCAGAACGGGAAAUUGAUGCCGAAUCUGGACCAGCAGAGCACCAAGCUCCUCAACCUAACAGUCCUCCAGCGAAUCGACCCUUUCGUGGAGGAAAUCCUCAUCACUGCCGCUCACGUCACUUUCUACGAGUUCAACAUCGAGCUUAGCCAAUGGAGUCGCAAGGAUGUAGAAGGAUCUCUGUUCGUUGUCAAGAGAAAUACGCAGCCGCGGUUUCAGUUUGUUGUGAUGAAUCGGCGCAAUACAGAUAACUUGGUGGAGAAUCUCUUGGGAGAUUUUGAGUUUGAGAUCCAAGUUCCAUAUCUCUUAUAUCGAAAUGGUGCCCAGGAAGUGAAUGGAAUUUGGUUCUACAAUUCACGAGAAUGUGAAGAGGUUGCCAAUCUGUUUAGCAGGAUACUAAAUGCAUAUGCCAAGGUGCCUCCAAGGUCAAAGGUUCCGUCAACUAAGAGUGAGUUUGAAGAACUUGAAGCAGUACCAACUAUGGCAGUUAUGGAUGGUCCCUUGGAGCCAUCAUCUGCUGCAGUCUCAGGUGUUGCUGAUGUGCCUGAUGAUCCUGCGUUCAUCAACUUCUUUAGUACAGCUAUGACCACCGGGAAUGCCUCAAACGCAGUGACUGCUGGACAACCUUACCAGUCUCCAGCCCUAGUCCCCAUACCUUCUCAUCCCACCUCUGUUGUUUCGUCAUCUUCAUUGCCAAUCAUGCAGACACCAUCACCACUACCAGCAUCCAGCCCUUUAAUGCCACUACUUGAUGCCUCCCCUGAAGUUGCUGCCAACAACAAUUGGACCGCUACUAAUCUUGUAAACCCUUCUCUCUUCAUUGGCCCCCCUCUCUCACCGUCCUCUUCUUCGCGUUCGAUAGUGCCUCCUGCUGCUUCUUCAUCUGUUCCUAGUGCUCCUCCACUCAAUCCAAAAGCAAGUCUACAGCGUCCUUAUGGUGCUCCAUUACUUCAACCUUUCCCACCACCCACUCCACCACCCUCUCUCACUCCAGCUUCUGUUCCGGACGCGAAUUAUGGGCCGGUGAUCAGCAAAGACAAAGUCCGGGAUGCACUUCUUGUCCUUGUUCAGGACAAUCAAUUCAUCGACAUGGUCUAUAAAGCAUUGCUGAAUGCGCACAGCUCUUGAGCAAUCAAGAGGAGACGGUGAAUGCUUUCGUUGGCUUGACCAAGUUUUUGAUCGAAUGUGCAGUUCAAGUUUGUUCUUAUGACUUGGGGGGGCAUAUAACCUUCCAACUUGUAUAUCAGUUUUUCCCCCUGCUGUUUAAUAUAUUGCUGUAGUUAGCUGCUUCGGAAACAAAAGCCUGGAUUGUUU